AUUUUCAGACAGGGGACAUGUGAGAUUAGAAAGAAGUACCAGCGACCCAACUGGAACCCUUCCCUUCCGUAACCCGUCAGAAAUUCCAUCGUUAGACUACCCCAUUCACCUCCCGACUGCGGCCUACGAAGGUCCGAGCCACGGUUACUAUGACGACGACAUGCGCCCUCCAGCGGCACUCCACGUCCAGCCAGGGGUCGGCUACUUCAGCCGGCGUCUGCUGGCCUGCAAGCUGCAAGGCAGCCGGAAUGUUAUUGGACGAAUUAAGCGCCACCACUGUCCCUUCUGCGCCAAGGGCUUCAACGACAAGUUCGACCUGAAGCGGCACGUCCGGACGCACACAGGGGUGCGACCGUUCAAGUGCGACCAGUGUUUCCGUGCCUUCACCCAGCGCUGCUCCCUGGAGGUGCACCAGCGGAAAGUCCACAACAUGAUGCUCAACUUCGCCUUCAAGCAGCGCCGGGACAAGGUCUACGUGUGCGAAGACUGCGGCCAUUCCACGGACGACAUCAACGAGCACUACGCCCACUCGGUGCGGGAGCACCGGGCAUCGCUCGACCCCAUCGACGUGACCAACGCCGUGCCUGCCGGUAAGCCCACCCAGCUUGCACACCUCUUGGCUCGGGCAAGCAUGGUGCCGGCCGGGCCCGCUCCGGGCGUUAUGGGUCCUGCCUUGCCCAUAGGAACCCAUCAGGACUUUAUUUAAAGUCUGCGGUGUUGUCAGGAAAUGCCGAGGAGGUACGGGCGACUCGAAGAUCUAUUUUUUAAAUGGAAGGUGUAUUCAGAUGAACGUAAAUUUGAUGUUUGUAUCGAGACGAAAUCUUAAUUAAGCAAUUGCGAUGCAUUCUCCUGUGUCGCGAAGCACACAUCUUAUUUGCAUACAAUUUAACUGUGUGUUUAAGGUUACUGUUGGUUUGCAGUAUUUUUUCUGUUGUGAAUGUUAAUUUCUAUAGUGAAUUUAAGGGAAUAGAAAUGUCCGCUUUGUCAAACGGGUUCCACAGUAAAAUUUUUAAAUUAUUUAACCAAGAACGAAAUCGGGUUCGUUUAUUCCUUGAUGUUCGAUGCCAGAAGGGGAAAAUGUCAUUACUUAAAUUAAUAACGGGUAUCACAAACCACGUUACCUAAUUAUCUUACCUCAUAGUGACUAAGUUUCAAACAAAUGUAUUUCCUAUUUCAACUGGGUAGCCCAUUCAGUGGAAUCCACUGGUCUUCUAUAGGGGCCCAGUAAAAA